AUGUACUCGACAUUACAGCGACUCAACCACAUAUCAUCCCUAGCUACCACCUAUGUCAUGAUCCUUCUAGGGUUGAUAUCAAUAGCUUCAUUCCUUUCACUCCCUUCGGUUGAUGUAGGUAAAGUGGAGAUCAAAGAUCUGAUCGUCCAAAAAGGUAGGUUGAGAAGAUGGGGAGCAAGACAAGAAGAAUUAGCAUCAUUGAAAUUCGAUAUCCGAACCGAUCUGAAUCCCUUACUCAACUCGUAUAAUACCAAACAACUUUUUAUCUACCUCACUGCAUCGUAUGAAGAGCAAAGUACGGGACAUACACACGAUGUCGUACUUUGGGAUAGGAUCAUACAGAGAGCUGAGAUUAGAGAUAUAAGAGCGGAGGCAAAGAACAAAUAUCAAUGGAGAAAUCCUUCGGGUACUUUCAAGGAUGUCGAAUAUGCCAAUAUGACUUUACAUUAUUCCCUCAUGCCUUAUGUUGGUAUACUCUCUUCAGGCGUGGCUGCUACUGCUCAAGGACCGGUGACGAUACCAGAGUUAAUAAAGAGAUAG